UGUAGGACUUUUCAAUACUGCUGGAGAACCUGUCACAUACGGCGUUGUUCUAGGUGGCUGGGGGAAUACCAGAUCGGUAUUAAGGAGUAAGUACUCCCGAAUAUUUAAUUUCGAGACAAAUAUGGUGGAUUGUAACGUCUACAAGAGUUUCUGGCUAUCAUGGUUGGACAAUGUGAUAUCGGCGGGGCGAGGCAACACAGUUGAUAAUGACAGGUUGUUUUCAUUAACUGGUGAACAUCCGAACCAAGUACGAUAUGUUGGAAUCACGACAGGAUACGGUUCCUCGGGUGAAUGGAAGAUACCAAGUAAACGUCCACCAUUGCACUGCUACCAACGUUUCCUAUGGGCUGUGAAACCCGGACUUCAGAACAUAAACAUGACAGCCAACAUCACGUGGUCUUUGACAGCUGAUAACCCCGGACAGUGUGCUGUGGCCUGUAAACGAAGUAAUGCGUGCGUGUCCUUUGUAUACAACAACGAGACAAAUGUGUGCCAAGGUCAUGGGCUAAAGUUCCAUAGCAUCACCGAAGGUCAAGGUCACAUACAUAAAGGAAGUCACUAUUUCACCAAGCCGUAGAAUAUGUUGUAGUUUUCUUUCUUGGGAUAAAUUUUGAGAAAACGAAAGUGGGGAUGAGAUGAGGCUCUCUAUGCUACACUAUACUGCAAAUAUCGUUAUCUGCUUGGUUUUU